CGCAGAUGUGCAAGAGGUCACCUCGAUACGAUGAUCACGGAGGUGUCAUUGCAGAGAGAGCAAGCAGCAUCUCCGAUCUCCUCUUCGAUCAUAGCAUCCAAGACCAAAACUAGCGAUCUUGCUCUCCCGAGCAGAGCGCCAUUUAAAAGAGACGUCGACCCAACGCGUCCGUUGUGCACCGCUUGAGUCCACAAAAGUUCGCCCUCUUCUGCGACAUCCUCUGCUGCUUAGGUCUUCGAAAUGGUCGGGGGAGGAGGCAGCAACCUGGGCACGGCCAAUCAUCGGCAUCCUCAUCGCCCUUCGGGCCGGAUACGAGGUCCAGAUGAGCUCCGGCUGCCCAUGUUGACUCUCUCUGCACUAGGUGCUCAAUCCAUCUGGUCGCUCGAAAUGGCAUUCGCCUCUCCCUACCUCAUUUCGCUAGGUCUCAGCGCAGCCGGUAUGGCACUAGUUUUCUUAGCAGGUCCAACAUCCGGGUUGAUAGUCCAGCCUCUGAUGGGAAUGAUCUCCGACCGAAGCCAUCAUCCCUGGGGAAGGAGAAGAGCUUUCAUCCUAGCUGGAGUGAUUGGCACCACUGCUAGUGUUGUUGGAUUGGCCUGGGCUAGAAGCAUUUCUGACUUGUUGGGAAUGGGCUUGACAGCUACGAAGCUCAUCGCGGUGCUUUGCAUCUUUGGUAUCGAUGUGGGGGUGAAUGCGCUGAAUGCUCUGGACCGCGCCUUGGUGCUCGACCUCGUGCCUGCUACCUCUCAAUCACUAGCUCAUGCCUGGAUGGCCAGAUUGGCAGGCACAGGCUCGGUCAUGGGCUUCCUGAUAGGUCAAGCUCGUUUGGAGGAUGUGUGGCCUUUCAGCAUCGUUGCUGGGUCGCCAAGUCAGUCUUCAGGCCAGGAGGUUGAUGCGGAGGUGGGCAAAAUGGAAGCACAGCUCCGCGCAGUCGCGGCCCUCACGAUACUCAUACUCGUCGCAACACACGCUGGAACGGCAUGGGCGGCUGAUGAGGAGCCUUUGCGCCGCGAGUCAGCUUCUGGAUCUUACGCGCAGCAUUCUCGCAAAGGUCUACAUGCUAUAAAGGAACACGUCAGCGAGCUGCGCGAGACUGCUUUCUCCCUUUCGAGGCCCAUUCUCGACAUCUUUGUGGUGCAGUUCUGGGCAUGGAUAGCUUGGUUUCCCUUUCUCUUUUACAUGUCCCUCUAUCUGUCCAAUCUGUCUAUCAUUGCCGGCUCAGCUCUGACGGCUUCGACUCGAUUCGCCUCACUAGUUAUGGCUGCACACGCGACGCUCUCGCUUCUAGUCGCCAUCUUUGUGCCGCCCGUGUUGCAGCGAACUGCGCCCAACGCGCUUCCAACUCUAUGGGCUAGCAGUCUGGGGCUAUUGAGCGUUUGUUUGCUCGCCACACUUCCUGCUGCUAUCUUUGCCAAAGGCUUCUCCUCCACCGUCCUCGCUUGGUUCCUUGUCGUCACCGCCGGCGCGGCUUGGGCUUUGACCCAUUGGGCUCCCUUUGCCAUUCUCGGCGUGCUCAUACAGAAAGAGAGCGCUGCUCCACUGGCAGGCGAAAGCGUUGCACUCGCCCGGGUUCAAGGCAGACACCCCGCCCAUGUGAGAAGGCGUUCAGGACAUGCCGUAGGUAUUGAGCAAGAGCAAGAAGAAGCCGAGGGUCUGCUUUUCAGAGACCCUGACACAGAUAUCGCAGAGGGUGAAGGGGCCGGGACACCAAAAGGGCACGGUGGUAGAGCCGAGGGGACGCAAGCGGAUGGAGUGUCGCAACAAGGAGACCAUUCGAGAAGCGCGGGAGCAGGCAGAGGUCCCCACUCAGAGUCUGAUGAAGAUGAAGAUCCAGAGGGUGUCUUGAGCUUUGCUCCCGAGGCUGUGCCCCACGUAGAUGUCAGCCCGGACAGGGCAGGAACUGUUUUGGGUCUGCACAAUGUCGCGAUUGUGCUACCGCAAUUUAUCGUCACGCUCGUAUCGACACUGAUCUUUGCCAUACUGGAGCCGGGUCAAUCCGCUUUACCCCGUGCUCAUGCAGCAACAAAUCAGACACAGGGCUCAAAUCAAGGCGCAGCGUCUCUCGCCGGAACUUCAGCCGAGGCCAGCGACUUGAAGUCCAGGCAUGGACUGGCGGGACUCGUCUGCGUUUUUCUCAUCGGUUCGCUUUCCUCUGCCGUCGCUUGCUUGCUGGCUCUCCGAGCUGCACGGAGGCAUGCUUCGGUCCUUUCUACAUCCUAGAGCAAAGCAGAUCCGACCCUGAAAUCAUGUACCUUAGACUUCCCUAAUCUGCGAAAGCGGUCCAUCAUGUCAUCAUCCCACGUCACCGACUUUGUCAACGCGACAUCAAAUGCAAUCAGAGAUUAAAAC